UGAAGUUAUCGCAGUAGUUGGAAGCUGUGAGACUCUCGGCAGUUGGUGUCACCAGAAGGCACUACCUCUACAGCCCGCAGAGGAGGAUGGCAAUCUCUGGAAAAGGACUGUAACAGUUCCAAAGGGAGUACCAACCAGCUAUCGCUACUUUAAAGGGUUCUUCCUGGAGUCGAAGGUGAGAGCUUUUCUAAACCACAUUUGAAUAUUUAAGUACUCCUUACUAGACCUUUUAGAUUCCUUAAAAUAUUAAUCAUUAAAAUCUUUACAAAGUAUUUUUUUUUUUUACUUGAGUAGUAUGUUUCCAGCAAAAUAUGCUGCUGAUUUAUACAAUAUAUGACCAUACUUGUAGUCUAUAAAUAGGUUUUUCUUGUUGUUUAAAAUAGUUUUUUCCUCCUAACAUUGAGGCAGUUGGGUCUUUCUUGCGUGACUGCUUAACUGUUUUUUUAAUCAGCAAAUGUUUAAUAAAAAAAAAAAAAAAAAACUUUCUUUCUUUCUCUUUCAAUGUACGUCAGUCUUGGUGGGAGAAGUGGUGGUGCCAGAUUCUCCUCAUACGUAUUUACUUUUGGGGAGCUGAUGAUUUGCUCUUUAUAAUUUGCUUUAAAAUAGGGCAGCAUGGUUGAUGACAAAUCAGAAUUAAAACACUUUAAUUGAUAUGAUAAAUAGUUAUUUGCUUGAACGCAUGUGAUUUUUUUGAACUAUUUGACAGCUCUUAUCAAAUACAAAAUAUAUGAAAUACAAAGAACUCUAACAACAUUCCAUGCAGCAACUACACUACCAGACAAAAGUUUGGAUACAGCUUCUAAUUCCAUGGUCUCAUGGCCAUGGUCUGACUUAGUGUCUUUCUACAUUGUAAAACAAUGUUGAAGGCACCCAAAAUAUGACUUUGAACAGUUAAGAUAAAAUUACGGCUUUUGUAAAGCCUUUGUAACAGCCCUAAUCUGAGUUUUGGUCUUGCUUUCCUGGGUAGGUCUUCAUCAGAGUCAGUUUUAUCACAUGGUGCUUGAUGGGUUUUGCAAAUGCACUUGACAAUAUAACUUUUCCAGAGCGGUCUUCAACAGCAACAGUCAGUUGUAGUUGCAAUCAGUUGUUGCUGGUACUCAAGUACAUAAUUCCAUGUGUUAUUUCAUAGUUUUGAAAUCUCCAGUACAUUGUUCUAAAAUGUAAAAAAUAAAUUACUUCACAAAAAACAUUGAACUAGGAGGUGCGUCCAAACCUUUGACCGAUACCAUAUGUAAGCAUUGGUUUUUAAUAGGUAGUACCACUAAGCAUGUGCAUACACUGAAUUCUGUUUUUUUUUUCCUUUUUUUUUUUUUAAAGUGUAAAUAUUGAUAAUUAUGCAUGAUUAAUUAUGUAGUUCUGUUACUGAAUAAUGCAGGGUCUGGAUUGUUUCAAUUUAGAUUAUAUAUAAUUUUUUCAACCCCAUUACAUAAUGAAUGACUAACAGUAAGGUUAGUAAUGCUAUCAUACUGUACAAAUGUUUUUUCCCCUUUCUAAGGUAUAUCUUAUGCUUAUUUGUAGUCAGUAUUAAAGCUACAGAAUGUAAGAUUUGAGAACUUUAACCCCUCUAGUAGAAUAAUAAUAUUUUAAGCCACUUGGUGAAGAGUUUUUUUUCCUAGCAUGGAUUCUGCUGCAUGAUUAUCCACUUGUUCUGCAGUGCUUUAGCACCAUGGUCCAACUGUGUUAUUUCUACAUGAUCAGUAUACUGCACAAAUCUAGUAGUAGAAGGUCAGUUAGCAGGAGAACACUUGUGCAGUAGCUCUGAAAAGCAAGGCCAUGUGUAAAAGAGUUAUGAUCCCUUAUAGGGAUGUCCAUCUGGUGUAUUAAGGUGCAUAUCAGACUCAAUACAGAUGUGUUAUGUCACACCGGAAAUUUGAAAAUGUGCCUUAGCCAUACGUUUUUCAUAGAGUAUUGGUUGUGACAUACUUUGACUUCAAAACCUUGUGUGGGAAUUCACAGAAGUUCAUGAACCUGGUGUUGCAGAGUAAUCCCGAUUCAGUAAUGCUUUUUAUUUUAAUUUUAACCAAGAAAUCAUACACACUGUAGCUUUAAAUGUUAGAAUUGUUUAAAAUAACCGAUUGUUGCAGUCAGAACAAUUUUAUUUUUCAGACUGGUAAGUAUAAUAGUGUGCAGAAUGUUUCAGUAAGGCAGAAAUCUUAUUCAUAUGUCAAAGCAGUUCUGUAGCCUUGUAAUGCCAAUGUAUUUCUUUUGAUUAAUGAAUCCACUUUUCAGAUGUCAACCAACUGUGACUGGGUGGCUGAGAGAGUGGUGACUAUACCAGCUCCAAUUAUUUGCCUUAGAGUGUGACUUUGGUUGAGACCAAAGUCUGCUUUAAUUGUAAUUUUCCCGCAACAAUCUUAACACCAUUUUAAACAUUGAAAUUACAGAAUGCAGGUGGUCCAUGUCAAGUCAUAGUCAAUAAUUGGGAGACCCAUCUGCAGCCUCGGUCAUUGAUUUCCUCAGGUAUAUAAAUUCAGAAUAGUGCACGGUUUGGUUUGAUUAUUUGCAAGCCCCCUAUCCUACUUCCCAAUUUACUCUUACCACACAUUGUCCUUGUUCAAAUACAUUACCAUCUAGAAUUCUUUUAUUUAAUAAGAGAUAAUAACACCUAAGUGAGGUUUUAUUAGUAAUAGUAGAAUAAAUGUUAAGGUGCACCAUAUUUUUUGUUGCUUGGUUUAUAAGUUUCUUUAUGUUUGCUUUCUGUUUUGUUUGUUUAUAAAAUAUUCCCCCUAAGGUAGGCUCACACUGCACUUUUGUAAGGUUUAUAAAGUUUAUUGUUUUGUGCCAUGUGGUGUUCUCCAGCACUUAAUUACCCACACAGUGUAAUUCCCUUAAUUCUUCAUUAACACACACUGCCAUGGGGCUUUUUAAAAAUGCUGUUAAGAUCAUUCUGUUUACAGAGGAAAUUUUAUUUACGUUUUUACUAUUUAAACUUUAACAAACGUGUCAUUCACUUACAGCACAAACUCUUAACAUUAUAACAAUCUAAAUUAUAUUUUAUGGCAGGGUGCUAAUAUAAAUUAGUCACCUAACAUUAUAAGAAUUUAAAUUAUAUUUUAUGGCAGGGUGCUAAUAUAAAAUAGUCGUCUACAAAAAAUUUGAGGUGUUUCUAGUGCAGAACAUUCAAGGUUUUCUCUGUAAGUACACAGAUUUUUUUGGUCAUUUAAUCCAAUAAUUUUAUUUUUGUAUUUAAAUUUAAUAAAUGCAUACAUCCAAUCACAGAAAUUCACAAUUAAAAUGUAAAGGUUUUUAGCAUAUAGUCUUGUUCUGCCCUGGAGAUUCUUCUUUUGUAGAUCUGCUGUUAAGGCAGAUAGAAACAAUACUAAUGCUAGUUUUAUCUUACAGAAUCGGACCAUGAAAUUGAUGACGGGCAGUUUGGAUUCUGUAUGUUGUCAUGCAGAUAGUGUUGAAUCAGUGGACUAUGGCUGGUUGACAUGUCAGACAGAGAUCCGUUUACGUCUCCAUUACUCUAUUAAGCCACCAGUGUCCAUUACUAAGAAGAAAUUCAAGACAUCUCGCUUUAGAUUAAAAUUGAUGCUGGAGGGAGUUGAAGAGGAAGAAGAUGAAGAGAGCCCUUCAUCCUGGCAUAAGAUGACUACCACACUAGAGAUUAGUAUGAUUAGUGACGGUGCCUAUAAGUCCCGUCACUCCCAGCCGGAGUGUGGUUAUGCCCUGGAGCCAACAAAGUGGACUGAGUACAGUAUUCACACUAUGGAACCUGAUAACCUUGAGCUUGUGUUUGAGUUUUUUGAGGAGGACCUAAGUGAAAAAGUCGUUCAGAGCGAUGUCCAUCCAGGGCAUGUUGGCACCGCCUGCCUCUUAUCUUCUUCGUUUCUUGAAAGCGGCAAGGAUAAUGGAGUGGUUACCCUUCCAAUCAUGAGCAGGAAUUCCAGGCAGACUUUAGGAAAAGUUCGAGUGGACUACCUGGUUAUUCGGCCUAUCCCAGGGUUUGAGUGUGACAUGAGCCAGUGCUACACUAAGUACUGGCGAAAAAGGGAUGCUCUGGAUGUGGGACACAGAGGAGCAGGGAGCACACAUGCUGCCAAACAUCAUAAGAUCAGGGAAAACACAAUUGCCUCAUUUCUAAGUGCUGCUAAACAUGGUGCUGCCUAUGUGGAGUUUGAUGUCCAUCUGUCCAAGGACUUGGUACCGAUUGUGUACCAUGAUCUUACAUGCUGUAUUUCCACUAAAAAGAAAAAUGACAAGAAUUCCAUGGUGUUGUUUGAAGUUCCUGUGAAAGAUCUGACGUUUGACCAACUUCAGCUUCUUAAACUUGCUCACAGCACAGCUAUGAAGGUGCAUGAUCACAAAGAUUUACAGGAUGAGGAGGAGUAUAUAGAUGAACAUCAGCCAUUUCCGUCACUUUCUCAGAUCUUUCAGACUGUUCCAGACAAUGUAGGAUUUAACAUUGAGCUGAAGUGGAUAUCUCAGCUGAAGGAUGGCACCUGGGAUGGAAACUUGUCCACGUAUUUUAACAUGAACCAGUUCCUGGAUGUCAUCCUCACCUGUGUUCUCCAGAAUGCUGGAAAGAGAAGGAUUGUCUUCUCUUGUUUUGACCCUGAUGUGUGUGCAAUGGUGCGGCGGAAACAAAACAAAUAUCCCAUCCUCUUCCUGACUCAGGGUGUGUCAGAGGUUUACCCUCAGCUGAUGGACAUUCGUUGUCAGUCCACACACAUAGCCAUGAGCUUCGCUCAGAGUGAGAACAUCUUGGGCAUCAGCGCUCACACUGAGGAGCUCCUACGCAACAUGGACUGCAUUACAGAGGCCCAGUCUAAAGGCCUGGUGGUCUUCUGCUGGGGAGAUGACAACAAUAACCAUGACAACAGGAUAAUGCUCAGGGAGAAAGGCAUUGAUGGCCUCAUUUAUGACAGAAUCUGUGAUGACAAGAUUGAGCAGCCCAACAUCUUUAAGGUAGAGGAGAAAGUGUCUAUAAAAGAAGUUAUCCCUGAGGAGACGUUGAAGAGUUGUGCCUGUUCAACGUACAGUAUUUCCUGCUCAGCUGGGCCUUGCUCAGGUGAGGUUCGAGCAGGAAAUGGAGAGUCAGACUCAGGGCUUAGCUCCUCUUAAAGUCCAAUCCUUUAUAGCACAGUAAAAACAAAAAUCACACACACACUUGCACCUUCUCCCUGGAUGGUUUUCACCGACCCAGUGUCUUUUGCCAAAUGAUAACUUAUAUAAUGGAAUAUGCUUGAUCACUAAAUGAACAAAUUGUGUAAAUAGAAUAGACUCCAUAUGCUUCAAAUGUAUACAUGGGCAUUCCUGAAGUAAUUACUCAACGUGCUGUAAAUGUAAGUGCUUAUUACAUGUUUCAUAUUAGCUCUGCCCUGUGUUUACUGUAGGCUAAUACCAUCAUCACAGCAACAGUUGCCAUAGUUAAUGAUUUUAUUCUCUACAAGCUACUUCAAUCCUGCCUGUAUUUUUCAACAUUGUUUACAUGUAUUACAACAUGAGCCUGAAUUCUGAUCUGCAAAGUGUCACAUGUUAAACUUUAAAGCUCACUAAUACUCUUUGGCCGGCAUAUUGGCCUAAACUACAGUACAAUAUUGUGUUCCCAAUAUACUAUGCAUAUACAUCAUAUACAGUAUAAAUAUCAUCAAAAAGCUGGUAUUUGAAACAUAACUAAGUAUAUGUGAGGGGUUUUGAGUAUAAAUACAUACUCUUAAAGAAUGCCGAACAUGUUGAUAAACCAUGUAACAUGUACCUAGGCAGAAGUCUAGUCACAAAGCCGAACAUAUUUAGUCACACAAACGAAAAAGUAAACACUAGGCUGCAGUGCAGUCUGAAGUGUUUGAGAAAGCGCUGUGUACUGUGAUUCUUACGCUUGUGAACAUUGCCGCUGUAAAUCUCUAUCUGCUGAAUGUUCGCAUGACUUUGUCUGUGUUGGAAGCGUACUGUUUGUGGAGGGGCGUUAACAUUUCUCCUAUUUAGCAGGACAACGGGUCCAUGCGCCAUGUGUCUUAAAAAUGCUUCACAGAGCUCAAAAAACUGAGCUCACUGACUGAAUGCACUGGCUGAUUUACUUUAUUAUCAGGACCAUUUGCAGUUACUGCUGGAAUAACUAAAAUAAAAUUAUUUAAGAAAA